CCGGGUCCUUUUGGCUUCCUGGUCGGGCGAGCAUAGUGUGAGAGAAAGCAGGCGUUCAAAAAAUGUCUAAGGUAACGUUUAAAAUCACGCUGACGUCGGACCCCCGGCUACCCUACAAAGUGUUAAGUGUUCCUGAAGGCACACCCUUCACAGCAGUUUUAAAGUUUGCAGCAGAAGAGUUUAAAGUACCUGCAGCAACCAGUGCUAUUAUCACAAAUGAUGGCAUUGGAAUCAACCCAGCCCAAACAGCAGGAAACGUGUUUCUGAAGCACGGGUCAGAACUGCGGAUCAUUCCAAGAGACAGAGUGGGAGGCUGCUAGCCGACCUCAUGACGAGUCAUCACAGGAAAAAAAAAAUGGGAUCAUGUUUAGCUGUAGCUUUUACAAAAAACCCCAUCUAUUUAUUUUCAGGCCCCGAAAUGACUUCUCUCAACAUGUUGGCGCGUCCAGCAGCAGUCUGCGAUGUGUCACUACACUUUGCUGAUCUGCAGUGGCCCCCAGUCUUGUCAAAGAGACUCCUGCAGUUCUAUAGUUGAUUUUUUCACACGCACAGAUGCAGUCACACAUAGAGGAAAACUGGGCCGAAUGCUUAUACGACAGCUACAUUUAAUGUCAAUUGUCCUAGUUCUUUGUAUCUGUUGAACCUUCACAUGGACAGAGAGCAGUGUAGCUGAUGUGGUGGAACAUGUUUAUUAAGAUCAAGCCUGUGACUAGCUCUGCCUUUGUUUGGUCAGUCAUUUUAAUGUAGAUAUUGAAAUCUGUUCAAAAACAUAAUGACAGUAUUGUAUCACCAUUUUGCUCUUUGUGUCUCACAGUUGUACUGUCAAGAGUGUGCUGUCAAAUAUACAUUUUCUCAAUCUAACGUUCAAAAAGCUGUUUGUUGUUUAUGGAAUGCCUUCAUGGCAUUAAAGAUAAUAAUACUGUGCUAAUGCGCCAAACAGAAGUGAUGUAGAUGUCCCAGAAGCUUGAAUUAUUCAGGGUCCCUUCAGUUAGUUUGAAGUGAAGUCAUAAUGCAGGUGUAUAAGCUGUUUUUUUUUUUGUUUUUUUUUUUUUUACAACAAAUGAAUUAUUUUGAAAAAAAACUAUGCUCUUCAUUUAUAUAAACAGCAUUGUGAUGUACCAGAGUUACCCUUGAUGUCAGUUUCCUUUCAAAGUAUAUCACCAUAACACAGUUGUACCCAUUAGGGGUGAAUCAGACUUCUUUACAGACUAGAGUUUACAGAGCACUUGAUGAGUCACUAAAGGAUACUGCUGUGUUUGUAAUUGAGUGGGUUUUCUUGAAAAUCUGUUUUUAUACAUAAAAGAUAUAAUUUGUAUUCUGUAAAGCCAGCAUGAGACAGGGGACAUCGAUAUAUACUGACAGAAUAUGGAAGUUAAAUAGCAUGCAGCAACCAUUUUUCACUCUCCAUUAGAAUGUCACUGCGGAGGAUCUGAGCAUUCAAUUGCAAUAAUGGAACUUUCAUCCGUUUUAAUCAAACGGGUAGCGCAGUGCAUUCUCCUCUACUCAUCUGUUAAGCAAAAUCCAUUAGUGUUCCAGCAGACCAGCAUUGCCAUUAUGUGACACGCCUACCUUCAGUUAAAUUUGUCCUGGCAUGUCUUUUUUUGUGUUCCUUUUCCCCAUUUAAUAAUAAAUGAUUAUUUAUUCAUGUUAGACACGGUUUGUCUAAAGGAUAUGCAACUGCUUGAUAUUACGCUUGGUUAUUAGAGUGACAAUAUAUUAUCAGCAAGGGGUAUAUAAGCGUAAAGCCAAAUGUGACCAUGGGUGACUUUGAUGAGAUGUUCAUAUUAAACAAUCUGUUGUCAUGUGGACUCAGUUGAGAUCUACAGACCAAAAGAUAAUUAGUAUCUAAUGUCACAUCAUAAAUGAUGCAGCAUAAAUGAUGGCAGUCCUUUUGGGCAGAUGCAUUGGUGCUUCUCAUCCAUCCUACUGGAACUACACAGUUUAGGUGACCUUGGUCACAUGAUGUGGUUAACCAGGCUUCACAGAAACAUUGCCAACAUGACAAUUUUGCCCAUCUACAAAAUGUUGAAUG